UCAUGGCUAUUCAUAUAACAUGAGCACAAAAGAAACUUGACAAAAUUUCAAUCAGCUCAAUGUGGUCCACCCACUUGAAGGAAAAGAAAAGUAUGACUAAGUGGUGUGUACCUAUCAGGGCUGUCAAACUCCAUCUCAAGAUGAAAGCUGCAUUUUGACGACUUCAGCCACAACAAGGAAUCUUUGCAUCUUUUUACCUUACCUUUCCCAAUUAAUUGCCUUCAUCAAAAUCAAAACAGCACCACAGAAAAAUCAAAACAGCAAAACUUGGACAUAGUUAUGGCAUCUUAUGGACCAAGACUGGUUGUGCCUAUAGAUGUGAAGAAGAAACCAUGGGAACAGAAGCUUCCACUUCACAACCGAUGGCACCCGGACAUACCACCGGUGGCAGAAGUUACAGUCGGAGAUGUUUUUCGAGUUGAAAUGGUGGAUUUUAGUGGAGGUGGUAUUACCAAAGAAUACACAGCAGAGGACAUCAAACAUGCCAAUCCCUCCAUUGUUCAUUAUCUCAGUGGGCCAAUUAGAGUUCUGGACAAGGAUGGCAUUCCAGCAAAGCCUGGUGAUCUUCUGGCAGUUGAGAUAUGCAACCUGGGUCCUCUCCCAGGAGAUGAAUGGGGUUUCACAGCAACAUUUGACAGAGAAAAUGGAGGGGGUUUUCUCACUGACCAUUUUCCUUGUGCAACCAAAGCUAUUUGGUACUUUGAAGGGAUAUAUGCGUACUCACCUCAAAUACCAGGAGUGAGAUUCCCAGGCUUAACCCACCCCGGAAUAGUUGGAACAGCACCAUCGAUGGAACUCUUGAAUAUAUGGAAUGAAAGGGAGAGAGAACUUGAAGAAAAUGGACUCAACUCUAUGAAACUAUGUGAGGUUUUGCAUCAACGACCAUUGGCUAACCUACCAUCAACAAAAGGUUGCGUCCUCGGAGGGAUCAAAGAGGGCACUCCUGAAUGGGAAAAGAUCGCCUUGGAGGCUGCAAGAACAAUUCCAGGAAGAGAAAAUGGUGGCAAUUGUGACAUUAAAAAUCUUAGUCGCGGUUCAAAGAUAUACCUUCCAGUAUUCAUUGAAGGAGCAAAUCUUAGCACUGGUGACAUGCACUUUUCCCAGGGCGACGGUGAAAUUUCAUUCUGUGGAGCAAUUGAGAUGAGUGGUUUCCUGGAGCUCAAGUGUGAAAUUAUAAGGGAUGGAAUGAAAGAAUACCUUACACCAAUGGGGCCCACUCCUCUUCAUGUGAACCCAAUCUUUGAGAUAGGCCCUGUCGAGCCAAGAUUUUCAGAAUGGUUGGUGUUUGAAGGCAUCAGUGUUGAUGAGAGUGGGAAGCAGCAUUACCUAGAUGCAACUGUUGCUUACAAGCGUGCAGUACUGAAUGCUAUUGACUACCUCUCGAAAUUUGGAUACUCCAAAGAGCAGAGCUACCUUCUGUUGUCAUGCUGCCCAUGUGAGGGAAGAAUUUCUGGAAUAGUGGACUCUCCCAAUGCCAUGGCAACCUUAGCAAUCCCAACAGCUAUCUUUGACCAGGAUAUACGUCCAAGAGCAAACAAGGUGCCAGUUGGGCCUCGGAUAGUGAGGAAACCAGAUGUCCUGAAAUGUACUUAUGAUGGAAAUUUGGCAACUACAAGGAACCCUAGCUCAGCAACAUAACUAUUGUCAAGAGUGCUCAGUAAAUAAAAGCAGACACUUCGCCUGUAUCUUCCAUGCCUACCAAGUCAUGCAUGUACUGGGAUAUACAGAAAGUAGAACUGAAUUGUCAAAGUAAACCAUCCAAAUUCUAUAUAAGCAACACAAACACAUUGCACACAGGGGAAAAGAUCUUGAAUAAAUCAUGCAGAAAAAUUCAACA